AUGGACCUCGAGCACCGUAUCAAGGCUUACCGCUUCGUCGCCUACUCGGCCGUCGCCUUUUCUGUGGUUGCAGUCUUUUCGGUUUGCGUCACGCUCCCGAUGGUCUACAACUAUGUUCAUCACGUGAAAAGGACCAUGCACAACGAGAUCAGCUUCUGCAAAUCAUCCGCCAAGGACAUCUGGAACGAAGUCAACCACCUCAAGAAUGUUCCCGCUGGAAACAGAACCGCUCGUCAGGCUGGAUACGGUGACGCUGGUGUCGGCGGAGGAUCUGCCACUGCCGGAGGUCACUGCGAUUCUUGCUGUCUUCCAGGACCUGCUGGACCAGCUGGAACACCCGGACAGCCCGGUCGCCCAGGAAAGCCUGGAGCACCUGGACUUCCAGGAAACCCAGGACGCCCACCACAGCAGCCAUGUGACCCAGUCACUCCUCCUCCAUGCAAACCAUGCCCACAAGGACCCCCCGGACCCCCAGGACCUCCUGGACCUGAUGGAGAUGCUGGACGUGACGGACAACCUGGAGCACCAGGAAAUGGUGCACAACCCGGAGCUCCCGGACCAAAGGGACCACCAGGAUCUAACGGAAACCCAGGAGCCCCUGGUGCCCCCGGACAGCCUGGUUCCCCUGCUGUCUCAACUCCACUUGUUCCCGGAGGACCCGGACCAGCUGGAAAUCCUGGACCUCAAGGACCACCCGGACCCAAUGGACAGCCUGGACAACCCGGAUCAGCUGGCCAACCCGGACCCAAGGGACCCAAUGGACCCAAUGGACAGCCUGGAGCCGAUGGAAAUCCAGGAUCACCCGGACAAGCUGGACAGCCAGGUGGACCUGGAGAACCAGGAAUCUGCCCCAAGUACUGCGCCAUCGACGGAGGAGUUUUCUUCGAGGACGGAACUCGCCGUUAA